UGAUAUCAUACAUUUUACGCUUUAAACGAUUUAAAUACCUUCGAUUCCUUUUAAUUGUAAUAAUUGGGAUUAAGAUAUAGUCUCAGAAUCUGUUCGGGUUAUGUAAGAGCGGGAGGGUGAAUUUUGAAUUUCGCGCCGUAGCGCGGCGAGUACUGCAGCGAUAGCGGUCGAGCGCAUGCGCGCGCUGAUAUGGGCCUCUCCCGUUUGCGCGGGCUCCGGCGCGAGGGAGCACGUGCAGUUCAGUUCUGACAGCUCCUCUCGAGUAAUCAGUUGACAUUUUGCGCUUUUGUACUUGCAAUUGCAAAAGCCUCUUUGUAAAUUGCGAGCGAAUAGAGUCGUCAUCAUCGUCCUUUUCAGGACGAUCGACACUCUUUAUUGUAUCACCGUGCGUUGCGUAGUGUGUGUGAAUUUUGCGUGCGGUGUGCGGAUUGUGUGAAUUCUUCGAGUGUUGGGAUUUCGGCCAUGUGUGAGCUUCCUCGCCGUGUCGAUCUCCACCCGGCGAUUGCUACCUAUGCGGCAGGGCUGAAAAGGCCUGCCCGUGGUCCAGGAUUGGUUCCCUCGAGACGUCGAGGCAUCCUGCGACCGUGGAAGGUGCAUCCCACCAACGUGCGGCCAGAGCUUUACGUCGCGCUGUCCACGCCUCGUUCUGCGACUAAGGUAGAAGAGCUCUCCAGCGUGCGAAAGACUUGGGCUGAUCUAGUCGCUGCUGCCAGACAAAAUAGGAUGUUUAUAUCUGAAGGAUCUCGAUUGACCCCCCUGUCGGAACUCCAUGUUAGAGUUUUAAGAGUAGUUGGAUACCAAGAUGAACAGUUCUUUCCCAGUACCUCAACAACAAACCAAGCAGGGAUUCAAUUUCCUCGAGUCAUUGUAUCAUCAUCAAAGAGAAUCAAGCUUGAUCAGCCAUCAACAUCAACAGGAGGGCCAACAGGUGGAGGCUGUAAUUUGGAAACACCAAGGCUAUCCGUGUCUAGCAUUUUUCCUCCAGCCACUCCAUCAAUAGCUUCAAGUACAGGUUCGAGUGCAGCUACUACAUCAAGUGCUGCGAAAUCGAGCAAAUUUUUCAAUAUCUUAAAUGGCUCUUUGGACAGAUUUGUUGAUCGAUUAGCUGAUUUGCUAAACAGUUCAUUUGAAGAACAAAAUGUUCUUAUGCGACAAAAACUAAGAGAAAAUAAUUAAGCAAUUUUGGAAAAUUUGCCAAAUAUAAUCUCUGAACAGUUUAUGAAAGCCUUGGAGAACCCCGGAACAACAAAUUCAGCAACAAUGAACGAGUCAGAGUCAAAUGUUCCUGGUCCAGAUGUUCUACUCCAAGAUGACAACGAGUUUUUG